AUGUCUAGUUCAUCGGAAUCUCGUUGUGUCUUUGUCGGAUCAGAUUCAUCAUCCAAAUCCGAUGGUAUGUUCCUACAUAACGCACUUCAGUGGAUGGAAGACACGGCAUCUUCCAACGCGGUUCAAAACCGCCAAACCGUAGAGCGCCAACGCGAAAAUGGUCAUCAAAUUUUACUUAAUGAUUGGUUCGUUGAUGAGCCAAAAUACGAUGACGCUUACUUUCAAAAGAAAUUUCGAAUGGAAAAAAGCAUGUUUUUGAAAAUCGUCGACAAUAUCGAGGCGAAGUUUCCAGAUUUUAGAGACGGGUUCGAUGCACGUGGCCAAGGCAUUUUCAAACCGCUCCAAAAAGUCGCAUCGGCGGUACGCCAACUCGCAACGGGCAAUCCGCCCGACGAGUACGAUGAGUACUUACACAUGGCCACGAGAACAGGCCACGAUUUUCUUGAUCAAUUUUGUGACGCCAUCAUUAAGUUGUAUGGCCCAUGCCCUUAUCCUACUGACCCGAAGGAGGAAAGAUUCAAGAAGUUACAAGAGGGGGCGAGGAAAGAUGUGGAGCGUGCUUUUGGGGUUCCAAAAGGAAAAUGGAAGAUUCUUAGACGUCCUCUCCGACCCCUGAUCAAACACAAGAUUGGUCAGUAUGUUUACGCGACGUGUAUUUUGCAUAACAUGGUGAUAAAAGGGGAUGGUCGAGCUAUCUCGCCGGUUCACAUCAUGGACCAACCGGUCCAACCGGUGUGGGACGAGACCUUUUUAGCGGAGUUACUAAACGAAGACAUCCAUCAUCAUCUUCGUUAUGACCUCAUUGAACACGUGGAGGCUCAAGACUUGGGACAUCUCGACGACUAG